GUGAUCCUCUCUAUUUGUCUCUCCGCUGCAUUGUUAAGCCUUAGACAUCUGCAGAUUCUGGCACACUGAUCAAUCCUCUUCAAACUCGGUUGUGUGCUGAUCGUGUAGCUCUAAGAAAUAUUGUGACUCACUGCCAUCGCUAAGAUAAAAGAUAUAGUUUAAGUGCUUAGUGUACCAAGUGAUUAGAGAGCAACAGUUGUUUGUUACUGACAACUAGAGUGUGCAUUGGUCAACCACAGCAAUCUAAUAAUUAAGUUUGCAGAUUUAAAAACGACAGCUGACUUACGCCAGACACUGUUUGAAGUGCUAGCGCAAGUGCACGUGCAUCAAAGAGCUUAGGAUCGAGAGAAGAAGGGGGCGAUAAUACAAGUGGCGUAAAAGCGUAAUAGCAAGGUUAAACGUCAUGGGUGUCCCUGAACACCGAACAGCAUUGGUCCUCUUCACUGUUACAGUGUGGGUGUUACAGAUACUCAGCGUUUCUGAUGCAAAUGUACAAAGCGAAGUUCGGUGUUCAUUGCAGACAAUGGAGGUCGAAAUAACUGAGAUAACAAAAGAAGCCCUUGCGUACUUACAGUUCAAGAAUUACCCAGACAAAUCAUGUACACCCAAUAUAAGUCAUAAUAAAGUAACGUUUCAUCUACCACUAAUCGACAACGAGGUGUCUUCAUGUGGGGUCACGCGAACCAUACAUAAGCAAACGGUACUGUGUACCAAAGCAGCUGUUAUCGCAAUACUACAGUUUCAAAAAAAAGGAAGAUUCUAA